UCCGAGCGGUGCCGCUCUGCGCCUGUGCGUGCGUGCGUUGUUGUGCGUGGACACAUUACGCGAGUGCCGCCGUGUUGCGUUGUGUUGUGUUGUGUUGUGCUGCCGGAGGACGCCCGGAAACACAACAGGCUGGCGUUCUAGCGCAUAUUUGAUCACGCGCGAAGCGUGGGGGGGUGGGGGGACGAGGGAGAAGACGCGAGAAGGAGAGUCGGAGAGGCUCGGUUUCUCCACCUGAUUGCUCCGCGGGUGCGGGAAAUAAAACCCGAUUCGGUUCCGUGGGAGACGCCGGGAGGAAGGCGAGGAUCAUGGAUUGAUAUCCGAGUCGACGUCCAUCCGAGAGGUUCCCGAUGUUGAACAUGUCCACCCCCAGCGAGCUGAAGUCUCCCUGCGUGACUCGCAACGGGAUGGUGAAGUUGCCCCCCAGCCAGCCCAACGGUCUGGGGAGCGCCAGCAUCACCAAAGGCACCCCUGCUGCCAAGAACCGUCUGUGCCAGUCCUCUUCAGUGCCCUCCAUUUUGCCUCCCCCGCCAUCCUCUCUACCCUACCACCACCACCACCACCUGGACAGCGCGGUCAUGCCACAUUCGGCGGCCUCUAUUCUGGGGUCCGACCUGGAACCCGGAAAGCAGCUGUUAGGCCUGAAGAGCCUUCGUCAACUACCCCCUCUCACUUUGCCCAAACCCAUCCUGUUGGAGCGACAGCUGGUCCUGGACGAGAAGCUGCUAAACCGACUGCUCUGGUACUUCACCACGGCUGAAAAGUGCGUGUUGACGCAGGUAUGCAAGACAUGGCGCAAAGUGCUGUACCAGUCAAAGUUCUGGGAGGGUGUGACACCCAUACUGCACGCCAAGGAGCUUUACACCCUGUUACCCAACGGAGAGAAGGAGUUUGUCAGUCUUCAGGCCUUCGCCCUGCGUGGCUUCCAGGCGUUUUGCUUAGUGGGCGUGUCAGACCUGGACAUUUGCGAGUUCAUCGACAACUACCCGCUCUCCAAGAAGGGCGUACGCUCAGUCAGCCUCAAGAGGUCCACCAUCACGGACGCUGGUUUGGAGGUCAUGCUGGAGCAAAUGCAGGGUCUCAUGCACCUUGAGCUGUCCGGAUGCAAUGACUUCACGGAAGCCGGCCUGUGGUCCAGUUUAAACGCUCGCUUGACGUCGCUCAGUGUCAGCGACUGCAUCAACGUGGCGGAUGACGCCAUCGCCGCCAUCUCGCAGCUUCUGCCCAACCUAUCGGAGCUGAGCCUGCAGGCCUACCACGUGACGGACACGGCCAUGGCCUACUUCACAGCUAAACAGGGCUACACCACGCACACUCUGCGGCUUCACUCGUGCUGGGAGAUCACCAAUCACGGCGUGGUAAAUAUGGUGCACAGCCUCCCCAACCUGACGGCCCUCAGCCUGUCCGGGUGCUCCAAAAUCACUGACGACGGCGUGGAGCUGGUGGCGGAGAACCUGCGGAAGCUACGCAGCUUGGACUUGUCCUGGUGCCCCCGGAUCACUGACAUGGCCCUGGAGUACAUCGCCUGUGACUUGCAUAAAUUGGAAGAACUGGUGCUUGACAGAUGUGUACGGGUCACAGACACAGGCUUGGGUUAUUUGUCGACAAUGUCUUCACUGCGGAGCCUCUAUCUGCGCUGGUGCUGUCAGGUGCAAGAUUUUGGGCUGCAGCAUUUAUUCGGAAUGAGGAGUCUUCGUCUUCUCUCUCUAGCAGGUUGCCCCCUGCUGACCACCACGGGCCUGUCAGGGCUCAUCCAGCUGCAGGACCUGGAGGAGCUGGAGCUGACCAACUGCCCGGGAGCCACAGCCGAGCUCUUCAAGUACUUCUCGCAACACCUGCCGCACUGCAUGGUCAUCGAAUAGGACCCCUCCCCUUGGCGGCCAACUGCAAUACUUCCACCUUCCUCUUCUCUACUCUUCCUUCCUCUUUGUAUAAAACGCCAGCCGGGAUAGAGAACGGCGUUCGUCAUCACCCUCGCCCGUCUUCCUCCACACCCCACCAUCCAGCAGGCGGGAGGCUGCUUCAAGGCCGGACGGCGUUCGAUGAUGUCGAAGAGGCUGCAGGAGCGCGAGGUCCUUGUGACGUCUUGUCUGGCCACGUGUUUCUCUCCCCGGAGGAGCUUGGAUGAUACAACUUUUAGCAGGUUGGAUUCUCAAGGUUGGAGGAACUCAAACCAGGACUUUUGUGUUACGGUGGAAGUCACACGCACACACACACACACACACACACACACACACAUACACAAACACGUUUACACACUUGACCGCACUCACAUGCAUACUGUGUGUGAUCAUACUACUAACUCUUAUUUCUUCAUCACUCUGUAUUAUAUGUUCUGUUUCUCCACGCUUCAGUGUUCAGACACAAACUGGACGGAACUCAUAUUUUGGUGAACCUUUUUUGGGGUGGGGUGAGGAUCCCGGAAGUAAAAAGGAAAAACCACAACAUUUUUCAAAAACUACUGUUUACAUCAGGGGUGUCCAAACUUUUUCCACCGAGGGCUGAUACAUUUUGUACAUUAAAACAUACAUUUCAAAACAAAAAAAGGGACGUUUCCCGGAAAACAAGGGGGGGACAAACACAUGCCCCUAGAGGUGCCUACUGCGGUGCUUUUAUUUUGGAGGCCGGACUUUAUAAGCUGCAGGAUGUGUUGCCGAGUGGACAAGAUGUGAAAGUUAAAAUGCGAUAAGGGCGAAAAAAGGUGAGAUUUUUACCAAAAGAGACAAAACUUUUUUCACAAAAUACCACCUCAGAAAGCACUUUGCCACCAUAACGACCAACAUCAAAAUACGGUAGCAUAGUAGGCCGAAAUAUUCAUUAAAAGAGGUUUUAUUUAACAAGUAUAUUUAAAGGCCUACUGAAAUGAGAUUUUCUUAUUCAAACGGGUAUAGCAGGUCCAUUCUAUGUGUCAUACUUGAUCAUUUUGCAAUAUUGCCAUAUUUUUGCUGGAAGGAUUUAGAAGAGAACAUCGACGAUAAAGUUCGCAUUUUUUGCUCGCUAAUAAAAAAGCCUUGCCUUUACCGGAAGUAUGUGCGUGUGACGUCACCGGUGUGAGGGCUCC